AGUAUCUCUCCCAUCACCGAAAGCUCGUUUUGCAUAGAUUUGUGGAAAUUUAGUAAAGAUUCUAGUGGAGAUACUUACUAUUCCGAAUGCAAAAUGAUGGAGCACGUAUUGAAGAAGCUGUUUUAUUAUAAGUGCUUCACCGGCGACCGUAACCAGAAACUUAGAUAUUGUCAAUUCAACCUGGAAAAAAAUGAAUUCAGUCCGGAAAACUCGAACCAUCUAUUUUACAUAAUAGUGAGUGGGACACUCUUCGAUCUGUCCCCCCGAUUCUUUAAUACCUCUCUUGUUGUCAAAAUAUCGCCAAAUUACAUUUACUUUGUACCCUCUUCAUACAAGAAUGAAAGAUUGUUCUACGAAAUGAUAACACCCCAUUGUGACGAAAAAUAUCUUACGAGAUGUUAUGUGCACAAGAAGUUACCACACGACCCGCCGGUUCUCAUACUGGGCAGGAUAAAAAAUUAUGUGAACUUGAAAAUUACAUUGGACGAGGAUCACCUAAAGUUGUGCAUGAAAAUUCUGGCAUACUUUCAUGCCGAUAUGAUGAGGCUAAAGCAUGAAGAUUACAUGUUGUUCAACAAGUUUUGCAAGAAAUUAUAUGGCAUGAGUGAUAGUAGAUGUGAGCUGAAGAUAUCAAUCAGAGAAUUUAUGGAAAAACUGGAUGAGAGAGAUCUGGGCAAUAAUCUCCUCGAGAAAGUAAAGAGGAAGUGUAAGAAAUAUUUAGAUAAUUUGAAAAACGUGAUGACAGAUGACUUCUCGACCAUCAUCCAUGGUCAUUUCGUACGAUCUAAAGUAAUGUUCAAAUACAAAGAUGAUAAACCCUUUAACAUAAAGAUAGUUGGUUGGUGCACAGUGAAACGUGGUCCGCCUUCGUUUGAUUUCGGCAGCAUCCUCCUCACUAAUUUACCUGCAGUAACUAACGCAGCGGAACUCGAAACGUUUUACCGAAAAAUGUUGCAGUUUUAUUUGGACAACUUUACAGACAGAUACUCAACUUUACCGAUAAGGCGUGAUGAUCUGGAACAAAAUAUAAUCGAGAAAUUAUUAUUUUCGUACAUUAAUCAUCACUAUGCAAUAAGUUAUCAUAUGAAUUAUGACAGGUUCAAUAUGCACAAAAUGGUACUGGAAAUGUUUGAUAAACUCGGUAGUUUAAAUUAGAAUCACUCUCGAUGACAUCGGUAGCUCACUUGCACUUUGAAUUCCUACGCAUAAGGGACUUUUAUUGACACGUGGACUACACGCUACACUUUAUUUUCUGCAGACGUGUUCACGUAAUGACGAUAUACACAGAAAGGAAUCGUUAGAGGCAAAUAUAAGCGAAAUUCAAAAAACAUUUUGUUAAUUUCUUCUAGAAAACGUAUUGACUAUUGAAAGAAAGAAAUAUUAGGUUGUAACAAAAGUUCGUAGCGUUAUUUUAGUAAAAUUCCAAGACAAUAUUAUUAUAUAUAUAUAUAUGCAUAAAUAUUUAUCCAACCACUUAUGCGCUGUCUUGUUCUAUUAAUAUUUGUUUUACUAUCAUCUUUGCGGUAGUUUCAUGAUUCCAUUCUCACACACGCACACACACAGAACUUAUCUUUAUUUCAUUAAACAAAAUUAAACAACGUUACUUUUGUUACAAC